GGAUUUCCACCGUUAUAUUAUCGUCGAUAUUACCUAAACCCACGCGAUGUUCAGUUCAGUUUAUACACGAGAGCAUUAUGAGCAAGUUUAAUGUGCAGUUAGCUUUUAUUAUAUUUUUUUUCGUUCUGAAACUGUGCAACGAGGUCGAUGGCGGUUGUAAUAUCACAUUAAAAAAUGACUUCGGCAACCCUUCGCCGGUGUAUCUGCAUAACGGUGCAUUUUUGGCGCCAAACGCAUCGACGGGCGCCAUCUUGCUGCGACGUUCGGAAACGCUGGAGAUAGCGUGCCCGGGUGACAAGAAGUUUGUCGUCUUGGGAAAUAUCACCACGGAGUAUGAUCUAUUUUCUGUGAAGUGCGUGAAGGACACAACAUUCCGAGCUACCAGUACCAGCUCUCCUUGGGUGGGUAACCUGAAGGACAUACGAUGCAACGCUCCUCCAUGGUUCAUGACAGAAGAUACCGGGGCUAGAUGCUCUGGAGCACAUAACUUGUAUAGGAUAGGAUACAAGAUACGCGGCAAAUUCUAUGACCUUUAUGAAGCCUGUUUCGAUAAGGCAUUAUUGCGUACAGUUUACGUCAAGGAACUGUUGGGGCCGGAGAGCAAAUACAUUGAGCUGGGAAGAAGGCCUUCAUUUGUAGAGGGAGAUAUUUUCGGCAAGGUGCACAUGUCAAGAUUGUACAAAAUGGAAAACCAAAAGCAAAGAUUGAAAGAAAUCCUUGGUGAAGGGAUGGAGGACAAAUAUGUCACCAAAACACAAUUCCUAAACCGCGGUCACCUAGCGCCGCGAGCGGACUUUCCAUUGCGCGCGCAGCAGCGGGCGUCGUUCCAUUACAUCAACAGCGCGCCGCAAUGGAUGCGAGGCAACGCGGGCGACUGGGCCGCUCUAGAAGACGCUCUCCGGCGUCGUGUGCACGCGAACGGCGCGCGCGUGGUCGUGUACACGGGCGCGGCCGGCGUGUGCACGCUGGCGGACAGCCGCGACGUGCAGCGGCCGCUCUAUCUGCACGUCGAUGAGAACAACAAUGGCGUCGUGCCUGUGCCUUUGUAUUUCUACAAGGUAGUACACGACGCUGCAAAGCACACCGCAGUGGCAUUCAUAUCAAUAAACUCUUCUUAUUACAACAGCAGCAUGAUACAGAAGCUCGCCUUUUGCAGCGACAUCUGUGAACAAAACCCGCAGUUCGCGUGGCUAAGAUGGCGGCCUAAAGACGGCACGCAUAGCUUUUGCUGUACAUACGAUGAUUUUGUGAAAAAUAUCCACGAUUUACCUAAACUCAAUAUUAAAGGCUUAUUUUAUUAAUGUUCUUUGUGACGACAAGACAGAUUCGUGAUUUUCUAUAUGAUGACAGUUCGUCAAUCUAUGAAUAGUCGGAUGCAAUAGUUUGCAGAUGAUAUUUCCGAACAUCGUACGUUAAGCUGCACAAUAUAAGAUUUUAGGUAUCCCCGAUUACGCAGGGCGCGGCGUCAGGGUAUCAGGCAUCACCCUGCGCGCUUCUUACCCACCCGAAGUCGCCUCGAGUGUCUUUUUGUACCUGCACCUUAUUUCGGAGAUGUCAUAAAAAUUGCAUCCGACUAUACCAUAGAUAGGUAGGUAUAGUAGGCAAUUAUGGUAUUAUGGAGCUGGGAUCAUGGUAAGUUUAGGAGAUAGCACAUAGAAAACACUGCAAAGUAAUUUAGUGCGUCUUCUUUAGUGAUAGGUAAAUAAAUUAUUGAAAGACAAAUAAUUCUACAUAUAGAUAUGAAUAACUCUUCAUAUUGCAACAGCAGCAUGAUACCCAAGUUGACAUUUGCAGCGACAUCUAUGAACAGACCCCGCAGUUCAUGUGGCAUGGCGGCCUUAGACCAUUAGUUAUUAAUAGUCUAAGAUGGCGGCCUUAAGAUGGCACGCAUAGACUCCGCGCCACGAAAGAAGUCCCGCUGCUAAUAUCUGCACUAAAAUUGACAGCACCUUGCACAAAUGACUAUAUGACAGCCAUUACAAAACGAUUUUACGUGCCAGUAAGACAUUAGCCCUGCGUCUAUGGGAUUUGUUUUGUGGCGCGGGGUAAAGCUUCUGCUUGAUGACAUGACACCAUGAUUUUGUAAAAAACAUCCAUGAUUUACAUACACUUAACUCUUAUGAUCCUUACAUCGAUCUCCUAUUAAGAAGUGGAUGCACAAUCUGCGACCAAAAAACGUCCCCACUCAAUGAGUGCCAAACACAACUUUUUGGCACUCUAUUCAAGUAGUCGCAUUUGAAAUUGGGAUUUUAUUGAAUAUUGGACUAUAUUUAAAAGCCUUUAGGUAUAAUUUUCUUUACCAAUAAUUCUAAAACUGUCAAAGCAAAAUUGGCCAGUUUUUAAGUCAAAUUAUCUACACGAUUUUGCGUCCUUUUAAUAAAAGAGAUCAAUGGAUCAUUAUUAAUUAUAAUCUUUUCUUAUUUAAAACUGAAUUUUGGUUUAGAACUAGUAAACGCAACGCGGUUUCACCCACAUAGUUCGCGUUGAGAGAAUACAAGGAUUAAAAUAUAGCCACAAAUACCGUGGCCUUCUAAUUUCUACUGGUAAAAGAAUUUUCAAAAUCGGUUUAGUAGAUCUACCCCCUACAAUACAACAAACUAUAGCUUGGCAAAUUCUUUCGUAACACUACCGAUGGCCCGCGCGCACGUUUUCAUACCGUUCGACUUCACUCCCGCGCAGUCCUUCCCCUAUCGCCCGCAUAUCAUGAGAGUGUCAUGAACAAAUUUGCCAAUCUAUACUCUUUAUUUAGUAGGUACUAGCGGACGCCCGCGACUUCGUCCGCGUGGAAUUUGAUGUAAACUUUCAACUACUCCUACCCAACUCUACCCCUACCCCUACCUUUUCCUGAAUUUUCUUUGCUAUAAACCUCACGGAGCCCGAGACCUUUCCAACGAAUGCAAAACCGUGAAAAUCGGUUCGUGCGUUCUGGAGUUAUAGCGUCAGGAAAGAAAACCCGACUUAUUUUUAUAUAGUAGAUAACUAUUAAAUAAAUAAUUAAAAAAAAACAAAUAAUUGUACAUAUAGUUUAUUAGCUUAUUUACAAAACAUGAUAUAACUUUAUUUAUAAAUAAUAAAAUAAAAACUAUCACUUAA